AGCCCAAUCCUAAAAGGCCCUGAAUAAUUUUGGCAUAAUAAAACCGCAAUCAAAAUUAGGGUUUUGAAGGUGAUCCUUUUACACUGCUGCUUGAGUCUUAUUACGCCUCUGUUUCUUCUUCUUCGCUUCUUCAAUCUCAAGCGCAGCCAUGAUUAUCCCAGAGAAGAAUCGUAAGGAGAUCUGCAAGUACCUCUUCCAAGAGGGUGUAUGCUUUGCUAAGAAGGACUACAAUCUUGCAAAGCACCCCGACAUCGAUGUCCCAAAUCUGCAAGUGAUUAAGCUCAUGCAGAGCUUUAAGUCAAAGGAGUAUGUCCGUGAGACCUUUGCCUGGAUGCACUACUAUUGGUACUUGACGAAUGAUGGUAUUGAGUUUUUGAGGACUUACCUCAACUUGCCAUCAGAAAUUGUUCCUGCUACCUUGAAGAAGCAGACAAAGCCUGCUGGUCGUCCCAUGGGUCCUGGUGGUGAUCGCCCACGUGGCCCACCCAGGUUUGAAGGAGACCGACCAAGAUUUGGUGACCGUGAGGGAUACCGUUCAGGUCCCCGUGGUCCACCUGGUGAAUUUGGUGGUGAGAAGGGUGGAGCUCCAGCCGAUUACCAGCCUUCAUUUAGUGGUGGCAGGAGGUCUGGCUUUGGUCGUGGAGCUGGAGGAUUUGGUGGCGGUGCACCUGGUGCUCCCGGUGCUUCAGGUUCUUUUGCUUAGGAUCAGGACUAGGCUUACGUAUGGCACCCAGGCUGGAUUGUUUUAGUGGUUUCUUUAUUAGGCUAUAAGAGUACAAUUUCAAGCGCUUUUAGUGGGCGUGGCCUUUGUUUUGUAUCCUUGUCUUUAUUUUCAGUGUAACUACAACAAGAGCUAGUAGUAAUAUUGACUAUUGGCAUUUGUUUUUUGAUUGAAAUACCCAAACCCUUCUUCCUACUAAAACAGACUCGAUUGUUCUUGUUCA